GAAGGGUGGUAUGGAGGGCCAUGCACUACAAUGGGUGGUGCCCUUUUCUUUGUGAUUUGUUUCAUUUAUAACUUAGUUUAUGGGAAAAAUUCCCCAUACCAGAGUAUAUUUCCUUCUUACAAGGAGUUCAUUGUUAUUUUCAUCCUCACCUGUGUAAGAGAUUCGUAUACUGUAGAGAUGGAGGCGAAGCCUUUCCUCUUGCUUUCCCUUUCUUUUCUUUUCUUCAUCACCGCGGCCAAUGCUCAGAUGCCUGGUUUUGUAAGCAUAGACUGUGGAGGCAAGGAAAAUUUCACAGAUGAUCUUGGGCUUGAGUGGAUGCCUGACGAUCAAUUUAUUUAUGGUGAAACAGCUAAAAUAUUUGUUACAAAUGAGACCCGGAAGCAAUAUAUGACACUGAGGCAUUUCCCAGCAGAUAAUAGAAAGUAUUGUUAUUCACUUAAUGUUGUGACUAGAACACGUUACCUUGUCAGGGCGUCAUUCUUAUAUGGUAAUUUUGACAACAAUAAUGUGUACCCAAAAUUUGAUAUAUCAUUUGGGGCCACUCAUUGGUCGACAAUUGUGAUCUCCGAUGCAAAUACCGUUGAGGUUCGAGAGUUGAUAUUCUUGGCAUCUUUUCCUACAAUUAGUGUGUGUUUAUCCAAUGCUACAACUGGGAAGCCGUUUAUCUCUACACUUGAGCUUCGGCAAUUUAAUGAUUCAGUUUACUAUACAGAUUUCGAAAAUCAGUUUUUCCUUAGUACAUCUGCAAGAAUUAACUUUGGUGCAGAUAGUGAUGCUCCAGUGAGGUAUCCAGAUGAUCCAUUUGACAGAAUAUGGCAGUCUGAUUCUUUGAAGAAGGCAAACUAUCUUGUGGAUGUUGCUGCGGGCACGAAGAAAAUCUCAACCAUCAUGCCCAUUGAUGUUUACAGAGAUGAAAGGCCACCUGAAAAAGUGAUGCAGACAGCUGUUGUUGGUACAAGUGGAGUGUUGACUUACCGCUUGAACUUGGAUGGAUUCCCGGGUUUUGGGUGGGCAUGCACGUACUUUGCUGAAAUUGAAGAUUUGAGUCCAAAUGAGACUAGGAAAUUUAGGUUAAUCCUCCCUGGCACACCUGACAUCACCAAAGCUGCAGUCAAUAUUCAAGAAAAUGCUCUAGGGAAAGAUCGACUGUAUGAACCAGUAUUAAUCAACAUAUCACUACCCUUUAUACUGAACUUUCAAUUUCAAAAAACUUCAGACUCAUCCAGGGGACCACUCUUGAAUGCUAUUGAGAUAAAUAAGUACCUGCGGAUAAAUGAUGGUUCUCUUGAUGGAAUAGUUGCUGCCAAUCUAAUGUCUCACUACUCGGCAGCAGAUUGGGCACAAGAGGGUGGUGAUCCAUGCUUGCCAGUUCCAUGGUCAUGGGUGCAAUGUAACUCAGAUCCACAACCAAGGAUAGUUUCAAUUUUUUUGUCAAGGAAGAAUUUGACAGGGAACAUUCCUUCAGAGCUGACAAAUUUGACAGGCUUAGUUGAGUUAUGGCUUGAUGGGAACUCACUCACAGGUUCAAUACCUGAUUUUACUGGAUGCGUAAACUUGAAAAUCAUUCAUCUUGAGAACAAUCAGUUGACUGGCGAGCUGCCUUCGUCUUUAGCAGUCCUACAAGAUUUGAAGGAAUUAUAUUUGCAGAAUAAUAGUUUGUCCGGAACAGUGCCAAGUAGUCUUCUCAAAAAAAAUCUGAUUUUGAAUUAUUCUGGAAAUAUCGAUCUUCACAAAGGAGGGAAUCGACAGAGCAACAUCAAAGUAAUUAUUGGAUCAUCAGUUGGUGCUGCUGUGCUGCUCAUUGCUACUAUAGUAUCUUAUAUAAUUCUGCAUAAGGGAGCGAAGAAAUAUUAUACGGAAGAGAAGCUUCCUCCUCCACUGCCUGCCCAGAGCCCAGUGUCUUCCCUAAGUGAUGUUGCCACGGAAGCCGCACAUUGCUUUGCAUUUUCUGAAAUCGAAGAUGCCACCAGGAAUUUUGAGAAGAAAAUUGGUUCAGGGGGCUUUGGAGUAGUUUACUAUGGAAAGAUGAAAGAUGGAAAGGAGAUUGCAGUCAAAGUUCUAACUAGUAAUUCCUAUCAAGGGAAGCGUGAAUUUUCAAAUGAGGUAACUCUACUUUCUCGAAUACAUCACAGGAACCUGGUUCAAUUUCUUGGAUACUGUCAAGAAGAAGGGAAGAGUAUCCUUGUUUAUGAGUACAUGCAUAAUGGAACUCUGAAGGAACGUCUUUAUGGACCUUUAACACGGGAGAGAAGUAUCAGUUGGCUCAAGCGCCUGGAGAUUGCUGAAGAUGCUGCAAAAGGGAUUGAGUACCUUCAUACAGGCUGUGUUCCAACCAUCAUCCAUAGGGAUCUGAAAAGCAGCAACAUUCUUCUUGACAAGCACAUGAGAGCAAAGGUCUCAGACUUUGGUCUAUCGAAACUUGCAGUAGAUGGAGCUGCCCAUGUCUCAAGCAUUGUUCGGGGAACUGUAGGAUAUCUAGAUCCUGAGUAUUAUGUCUCUCAGCAGUUGACAGACAAGAGUGAUGUAUAUAGUUUUGGUGUCAUUCUUCUUGAGUUGAUAUCUGGUCAAGAAGCGAUAUCUAAUGAAAGCUUUGGUGUUAACUGCCGCAACAUUGUCCAGUGGGCAAAAACACACAUUGAGAGUGGGAACAUUCAGGGAAUCAUUGACCCUUCACUGCAACAUGAAUUCGACAUUCAGUCAGUGUGGAAGAUUGCUGAGAAAGCAAUGAUGUGUGUCCAAUCCCAUGGGAGUAUGAGGCCAUCGAUAUCAGAAGUGCUGAAGGAAAUUCAGGAUGCAAUAUUGAUUGAAAGGGGAGCAGAAGUCAGAAGAGAAGGUAACUCUGAUGAUUUGUCAAGGGGAUCUCUACAUUCUUUGAUCAAUAUUGGCUCCAUUGAUCUGGGAGUUGCUGAGCCAUACAUUUCAUUUGACGAGUCCAUCAGGCAUCCGUCAGCCCGAUAGGCUGUUUGUCCAUCUACCAGUGUAUAAAUUUCUUAAUAUUUUUAUUUUAAUUUUUCUUCAACAGUCCAGGUUUUUGAAGUUAUAGACUCGAGUAACAGAAGAAGCCCAAUGCUCUUCAUGCGCUUGAGAAAAGCAGAAGAGGAAAAAUGCCAUGGAAAUAUAUUUGAAGGUCUUUAGCUUCCUUUUAAGCUGAAAAAUAUUUCGUAUGAUAGUGAAAUACUUCAAUGCUC